CAAGGAUUGUGAAAGAGGCAUGAAUUGGUUUGCUGAGUCGAAAAAGGACUCGUGUGAAACAUACGAUUCUCUUUUGAUCACAUCACACGAAAGAGAUAAAAAGGCAGUAGAUUCACAGAUUCUUUUCUCUUGACCACAACAACUCCAUCUUCAAAUCAUCAAUCUUCCUUCAACCAAGUUCAACCCAAGAUUCUUUACUUCUGAGAAACAUCAUGAACGUCAAACUUCUCGUUUCUUUGGUAUUUGCCACGACUUUGGCUCAAUUAGCCAUUGCUGGUCCUACUGCUUAUGGUAUCUGUCAAGCUGGCUGUGCUAGCCCUUCGGUUGCCUGUUAUACAGCAGCAGGUGCCACUUUUGGUACUGUUGCAGCUGCCGCUGCGCCUGCUGCCAUUCUUGGUUGCAAUUCUGCUUUUG